UCCAUCUCGGAAGCAGUUGACAGCAGAAGAAAGAGUCGGAGUGGAUAAUCAAAACAAAACUUCCCCAAACAACAGCGACUACAACGCACCGCCUGGAGCGUUUUCGCCAAAUUUAGAAUGCAUUACGUUGUCCUGAAAAUGUUUCAAACAUUUUAAGACUCAAAUUUUUCUUGGAAUAUACUGCCUGUGGCUGUCCAAUCUAAAUAGGUUAACGUUAGCUGACGUGAGCUAACACAUUAGCUGGCUCGCCAUGUCGUCAUCCUCCUCCUCCAGGCGCCAGUGGUGCUACCUCUGCGACCUGCCCAAGAUGCCCUGGACGGUGGUGUGGGACUUCAGCGAGGUAGUGUGCCGGGGCUGCGUUAACUACGAGGGAGCCAACCAGAUAGAGUUCCUCAUUGCCAGUGCCCGGCAGCUGAAAAGGACUCACGGGAUACAAGACGGUGCCGUCCGGUCCCCCGGUCCAUCCAAUAAACACAGCACGGUGGGCAGGGGGGAUGGGGAUGGUAGCAGGUCGCAUCCUGAACGCUUUGAGCGACCCACAAGAGGAGAGAUUGCCGCGUCUAGUGCCCGAGUGCCCCCCAACGGGAUGCAUCGCGACGGUCAGCAACAGCCACAAGAGGUCCACCGCCAAAGCCCCAGCGCCAACCGGAGACCGAUGCUCGCGGCCGCAAUCCCGCCAAGUCUCGUCAGUCAGGGCAUAGCCGGGAUCCCCCACGGGUUGCUAGCUGGCAUGCCAGCUGGCCUUACGGCCAGAACAGCCCCAAUGAGCAGCCCCCUGAUCUUCCCCGCACCUGUGCUCGCUGAGAUGAGCCGGAGGCAGCUGGGCAUCGGGAUGGGGAUAGCCCCCUUCAUAACACCAGAGCUGGAGCGCGAGCUCAGCUCGUCCAAGCAACAGAACCAGAUGCACUCUGCCGUAGCCGGCAGCAGUGGAGGCAAGAGCGCGGGUCUGCCGUCCUCUUCAAUGGCGGGAGGCGUGAGCCAGACUAGCCCCAAACCCGCAUCCUCCCCGGCCAGGCAGCCCCGCCCCCUGGCAGCCCGGUCCGGAGGAGAGGCCCUGGGGUCCAGCACAAGCUCCGAAGCGGCCACUACCGCAGCGGCGCUGCCCCAUGCCGGGGCGUCAGAGCUGGGGUCCGCAUCGGCCGGGAACACACUCUCUACCGGAGCCACGCUGUCCUGCACCCUCUGUCACGAACGCCUGGAGGACACACACUUUGUCCAGUGUCCGUCGGUGCCAGGCCAUCGGUUCUGCUUCCCGUGCACCAGGGGUUACAUCCAAAACCGGAGGGGCGACGGGGAAGUGUACUGCCCCAGUGGAGAGCGUUGUCCCCUGGACAGCUCUCCCAACAGCCCCCCCUGGGCCUUCAUGCAGGGAGAGGUGUCUACCAUCCUGGGCACGGGAGGGCCGGCCGCGGUGGCUGCGUCUGGAGCUGGAGCUGGUUCUGGUGGUGGCGACAUCACGGUGAAGAAGGAGAGGGAGACAUGAUGGCGUGUGUAGUAGAGCAAACUUCACCUUGACGACAACAGAGUUCAUUCUGACACCUGAUCAGUGACUUUGUACAGAACCCAGAUGGGAGGAAUCUCAGACCCAGCUCACCCGUGUUCCACAGAACACAGUACCAGACACAGGUUGGCCUCUGUUGAACCCACAGAUCGGAGUCCCCCGACGCAAGACACACUGGCUGUCCGCGUCUACAUUUCAACGGUCUUCAUCUCGCUGUAUUUACAUUUUGGAAUACAUAUUUUACUUAUUUUUUCUAAACUGUAAACUCCACAGCCGUAGCUUGUAGUAGAUAAACGACUCUGUGUGCUGUUGCCCCAGUUAGAAAAUAUACAAAAUAUAAAAAAAUCUGCCAAAGAAAAAAUAAAUCAAUCAAGAAGCAGACCCCGCCCCCUUGGCUCUGAAUGACAUAUCAACAGUUGAGGACAUUUCCCGGCAUUGUUCAUUUUUUGUUGUGUUUCAUAGAUUUCGGCUCUUUUACGCAACGCAGACUCUGACCUGCAUGCAGAGAGGAUAAGGUUAGCCCGUGUUGCAACAACCAGUUAAUGUAUGAUGUCGCCGCAUCGACCUGCUGCCUGGCCCCCCUCCCCCCCGCUGCGUCGCUCAGAACCCCCGCCCCCCCGCCCGCCGCCGUCUGGCCGCCCCUUCAUGUAACCCCUGGAUGUAAGAGAGAGUAUCUUCUGCUAGUUCCUAGGACUUGUUUUAUAUUAGAGUUUUUGAUUGGCCUAUACUGUAUAGUAUAUAAAGCGAUAUUUAGCGAUUCACGUACAGAAGAAAAAGAAACAACAACAAAAAUGUACAAUCGUAUACGAGUAUACAUUAGCCCGCAUCCCGCUGCACGCCUCAGUGCGAUCACACCAUGGAAAAGUGGCCUUUAAUUCGCCAUGUUGGGACCCCUUGAUGGGGAGUUCCAACAUUAAGGUUCAACCGUUGGGUUUCUGGGUUUGGUUCCCCUUUUGAUAAAAUAUUAAAAUAUAAGCACAGACGAACCAAAGGUUGAUUUAUACCCCAGCGAGAAUUUCUGGAUGUAAAUUUGUAUUUUCUAAAAAAGACUGAAUAUCAUGACCAGGUCUUCUGAAUCAAUAUCUCCAUUUAGCCAUAACGUUUAUAAACAGGAAUUUACGUAGAGAAAAUGUAUAAUAUAAAGAAAUAUAUAUAUAUGCCCCAGCCACACAUAUCAGGUCUGCGCUGCAGGACUUGUCCUUGAGUUUUCGUUUAAGUUGAAUACGCUUCUAAGCAGCCAUCAGUAAGUGCCUUUCUAAGAUGCCCACAGUCUGUCAGUAAGUCUGUCUUUUAGUCAGUCUGCCUGUCCAUUUGUCUGUCAGGCUUGCAAUGUUCUCCUAUUGGUUUGUGUUUUUUGAAAUUGAGUCACAAGUGAAAGUUUGUGUUUUUAGCUUCCAUGCAAUGGUUCCUUCGGUCUCCUAGUGCUUUGUGUCCCUGCAGGGGACCUGUCGUUUUUGCUUGUUUUUGUUUCUUUGGGUGAAGCUUAUCAGGCUGUGCACAUUCCCCCCCCCCCCUCCCCCCCUUACGCUUUCUGUUUUUCUAUCCCCAUGUUGGGUUUAGGCUGUUUUUUUUUCUAUAGAUUUGUUUCAGCUUUAUGUACGAAAUACAUAAAAUAAUAUGGGAAUAAAUGGAGUUUAAAAAAUAA